AUGGCUUCAAUCAAUACCUCGAGAUCUUCUGUCUAUCAAACAGAUGGAAAGCCACUGAGCGAAGAAGCUAUUUACCGGGCAAAACUAAAAUACGGUGUCUACAACAAACCAGGUGCGGUUUCGUUAGGUGUCGACCAUUCAGCAUCCGACUCGGCAGCUCUGCUAGCCACUUCUGCCGACCUAUCCGUCAAACCCUACCAGAGACAAUUAUCUGAGGAUGCGGCAACCGCAGCUCUUAUUGCAAGGACAGACACUGCCCCCAAGGCCUGGAAGAGGGAGAAUAUUUCAACCGAGGCAGAGUAUGCGGCUAUUAGCGCCCGUUUCCCUGUCGAUAAAGCUCGUUCAGAAGUUAGCAACGAGUUCUCUGACUUUGAAGAGAGUGAAGAUGCUGCAGCAUAUGUUUUGAAGAAGGAUACUGCUUCCGUAGCACGUUCCUCCCUUCGUGAUCAAUAUGAUUGGGACGAUGUAAGAUCAGGUAAGAAGCAAUUCUCCAAUCUUAAUAUCGCUACUAUUACUGCACGUUCAAACGAGUCGGCCACAAAGGCUAUUGACUAUCGAACUAAUCCGGAUGCGCUAAAUUCACGGUCUGGAUUAGUCACGGGUUCGAAGUUCAACACGGCCAAUGGUGACGUGAAUAUUUCAAAGAUAAACUCUGCAGCUGAAGAUUCUGCUCGCAAGUCACUGAACACUAGACUUCAUCCUAAUGUCAGAGAUCCUCGAGCUGGUUUAGCUACUCGCUCAGACACAAUGAACUCCAGUUCGUUUGCAGCUUCAGGGGCUUCAGCUUCUGGAAAGCUUAAUGUUGAUCUAGACUACGCUGCACGUGAACGUGAAACGUUGUCCAAGAAUACACUUGUAGAUGCGAAGGUAUUACAAAAGGCAUUAGCUAACGCUGAAUCAACGUUGAGGCGUUUGGACACCGACGCCACCCCAGAGAAUUUAUUCAAUAAUAGGGAGAAUAAUCUGAAGGCGUUGGCAAUUGCACAACAGAACUCAGAAAAGAGACGUGUGAAUGAUGGGAAAAUUGAUCUUGGUGGAGGUCUCUUCAUGGAUCCAGUUGAGUUGAAUGUUAUGGCCCAACAGCUGGUUGGUCCGGUAGUUCAGCAGAUUGAUAGUAAAGCUGCAUUGCAACGUCAACAAGAUGAACAGAAUGCGCAAAAGAAGCUUGAACAAAAGCAACGCAAGCUUCAAUAUGAAGAGGAGCUUCGCAAGCAGAAACUUGAGGAAAAACAAAACAAGGAAAUCGACAAACAGGUCCGUAGAGAAAAGUUAGAUGCUGACAAGGAAGGGGAGAAAUCCAAGCAGUUUGAUCUCAUUGCUCUCAAGCAACGAGAGCUGGAUGGCAAACAGAAUGAACUUGAUGAAAGUGUACAGGAAGAUCAAAAGAUCAGAGAGGCUCUUGUUUUAGAGAAGACCAACCUAGAAGAAAAGAUCAGCACUGAAGCAGCUCAAAGAAAACAGGCCAGAGACGAAGAAUUAACCUCACUUCAAGCUGAACGAGACGAGGAAGUGGCUCCCUUGGUCGCAGGCCUGGAAAGAGAAACUGGUAUUUUGAAUGAACUAAUUGCAGAGCGUGAAGAGUUAGAAGCUAGUUAUAAUGAGCAUCACACUCGUGCUGAAGGGCACAAUAAUGUUUUGGAAAAUUCAGAAACCAUGCUGAGUGACCUGGAUGAGCAGAUUAAUGCAGCAAGGACGAAGUUGGAGGCUACCAAGAAGAAGGCCGAACAAGUUGCGAAAGAUACCGAAGCUUUCAAGAAGAAUCAUGAGACACAGUUUGCCUCACUCACUGCUCAGAAUGCUACAUUAUUGGCCCAACAUCAAAAGUUGGAGGCUGAACGAGACCAGCUUAUCAAAAAACACGAUGACACUGUCGCAGAACUUCAAGAUGCAAAGCUCAAGGGCCUGCAAGAGGAUAAAGCUGUGAACUCAAUUCUUCCAGAGCAUUUACAGGAGGAUAUCAAGGAUACAGUUUCUGUGGAGACCCCAUUCGACCACUCCAAGUUCAAGUUUGAGCCGGAGCCUUUCGUUGAGGAGUCUGUUGAACAAAAGAAACCCGAAUCGCCCAAAGCUUCAGUGACCUCUUCUAAGUCAACGUCAAAGAAAAAGUUAUGGUCGAUCCCCAAAAUUUCUCCCAAAUCAGCAUUGGAGCCUUCCCUGAAGCCAGCUCCAGAGGCCGCACAAGUUGCUCCUCCUGCCCAGACGGCUGAUGAUUCAAAAGCAAAACAGACUACAAAGAAGCCAUUUAAGAAGAAGUUUAUCGACUUCAUGAAUGGUGAAAGUUACAUGAAGCCAGCUCCUAAGUUCAACAGACAUCCAAAAGCUGGUGUUGAACCUGCUUCUACAAGUCCAACUGCAACCACCACUGCGGCUGCUCCUGCAUCUACACCUGUCACCCAGAAGCCUGCUGCUUCCAAGGCCCCCGAGCCAGAUUUGACGAGAACAUUCAGCGGAUUCUCGCAAGGAUCAGAUGUCAACAAAUCUUGA